CGCCUCACACCAAAGCCUUUUCCCCUUAAGACAUUAUAUCCCUUGAUCGUCUGCCUUCCGGGGUCAUGGGUUCACAUUCAAUCAGUUUAUCAAUAAACAAGAGAAGAAGAUCUUUGCAAAACAUUCCCUCGACUAUCUAGCCUCAUAUUCUUCAUAUUCCCAAUAGUAGCGUCGCGGAACUCCAACACGUCCAAACCUCAGAAUCGAAUCAAACCAUUCCAUGCCCACCGAGCCUGAAAUUGUUGUCGAGGAAAGUGAUAUGGUCGUGAAGCGGGAAUUACACACAAAAUGUGUUACUGCCGGAAGACUAUCCCAGGAAUUGAAAGAGCUCCUCGGCGAUGCUCAGUUCAAAGUCGAAAUGCGCCAUAACGUCUUUAACAUCGAGUCUUCUAAAGAUUUUGAUAUAGGAAUAUUGUUAAAAAACUGCCAAAAUAGGAUGGGACUUCGUCGAAGAAAAUCUCCAUGCUGAGGCUUCGAACACUCGGCGACACCAACUCAGUCAGGCAACUGAGCGCUCCUGCCGUUAAAGUGAGCGAAUGAUCCUUAUGUGGGUUUACUAGGUUUAAAUAUGCGGGGUUUACGGUUAGCAUACAAGGUGCAUAUCGAGCGCAAUGGGAUGGACUCGAGCUUAUGACCCAUGGGAAUGAUUUAUGAGAAACAUUUCAGGUUGAUAUUCUAGGAGGCGACAUUGUUUCGGUUUUUCUUACUUACUUCAUUAAAAUUUUCUGCUUUGGAUGCGAACUGGCAUUUGGGAAAGGAGAGUUAAGGGGGGCAACUCCACCUAUUAUACGUAUAGCUCUCCCAAGAAAAACUACCUAGCGACAGAUGAAAAAAUCAAUCUUGAUAAGUGCGUUGGCU